UCGUACUAAAUACCCCUUUUCUUCCUUUCACAUUUGCUCUAAGCAUCCACAGCCGUAGAGUCUCUCCCAUUUGUAAAGACUAAAGUCACCAGUCCACUACCUACAGUAUGCCGUCACUUUCUACAUCUCGGAAGACCCCCGGGUCGUCGUCGCAGCCAGCUCAAAAUUUGCCAAAGACCUCUAAAAAGAAUUUGUUUACCUAUUGGUACAUGAAAUCUUUGUCCCCGAAAACGCCUACGGUCAACAGUAAAAGUAGUAGUAGCAGCCGGGGACUUGAAGACGUUGCGUUGCAAGCCGAAAUCAAUGAAUCGUUGAUCAACGCCUUGAGACUGCAAUUAGAAACUACCACGCGACACCUCGAGGAGCGUGGCAAGCAGUUGCAAGAAAUUAAAGGAAAGUUAAUGCCAUAUUGUGAGCAGCAUGCACAGCAACUACAACGCAUUAAGUAUCUCCAAGAGGAAAUUCACGAUCUUAAUGAACGAAUACAUCUAAAGGACAGACAGUGUCGAGUUCACACCGGCGCUAUGAGCCGGAUUACUCUUUUAGAUAAUGAGAUCCAACAACAGGCAGAAUUGGUUGCUGAUCUCGAAGAAUCUGAUCUUAAGAACAAAAGUGUUAUCGAUGAAUUAAAUUCCACCAUUUCUGAUCUUUCUCGAUUCUUAGAGGACCUGAGAGAGCGGCAUGAAGAACUUCAAAGUAAACUCUUUCAGAAGACCACUGAACUUAAGCAGUCAGAUGCCAAGUUCAAAGCACUAUACGCGAAGAUGGCAGCGCAAGACGAGAGCCUUCUGGAUAGAGACAUCGAGAUCCAAGAUUUACGCGAACAGCUCAAGACGACACGGCUUGAGAAAGGGGGCGAUGCCAACCUUAUACAGAAGAUGUCCGAUCUCCAAGUUGAAGUUACAACACUCAAAUGCACGAUUGCGCAGACCGACGCUGCCCAUGAUAUUCUUGAAGGGAACGCUUCCAAGACCAUCGAGAAGCUUGAUGCAAAACUCGCAGCCCAUGACAAAUUCGCCAAAGACCACUAUGGUGCCAAGAUUGCGUUGCUGGAACAGAAAAUGCAGUGCCAGAAACAGAAACAUGAAGACGAGUUUGGUGAGUACAAGCUACGAGUCGAAUGUGUUGACAAAGAACAGAGGCAUCUCCGCCGGAUAGACAGGGCCAACAUCAAGCAACUAACUCAUGAUCUCGUGGUCUUUAAGGAGCAGCUAGCAGGCGCACAUUCCACUAUCGACAAGGAGCGUAUGCGAGCAAUGCAGAAAUUCAAGGAGUUCGAGCAUCGUCUUCGUGACGCAGGGCUGUUUUUGGAGGCCAGAGACGCACAAUAUCCUCAAAUCCCCCGCACAGCCGAUAUGAAUGCCACCCCUGAGCAGCAAGACAGCAUAUUCGAUAACUCUUCACUUGAAAAGUUUGACCGCCCAUCAAAGACAACUCUUGAUGAGAUAAUGCAAGCAACUAAGGCUGAGCACGAUCUAGAGAUAGAACAACUCAAAAGUGGCUUCGAAAAGCAGAUCGCUGCUUUAGCAUCAAGAAUAUCUGCACUAGCAAAGGAAUGCGAGGCCCAUCAAUCUUGUCAUGAAAUACGACAGCAGUACCAAAAUGAACUCACGAAUCUUUCAGUUCAGCAUGCGAACGAGAUAGACAUAUUAACUCAAUUGUACGAAGCUUCCGAAAGUAAUCUCAAAACCAAAAGGUCAGAGUAUGAAAGAAUCAUGAUGGAGUUCCUAGCUCUACUAGGAGAGAGAGAAGACGAAAUUGAGGCUGUAAACGAUGUGGCUGACAAACGAUUGAGGGCAUUGCGUUAUCACUUUGAAGUCCAAAUUGACCACCUUAAGCCUUCUAAAAUUUCCACCAAGGAACUAAAUUGA